UCCAGACUCGCUAGCCCAGAGACCUCCAGACCAGUCAGCGAACCAAAAUGACCGAGGAAGGAAGGCACAUCGCCGGCGAGCCCAUCCGGCCGCCGCGGCUGGAGGAUGCGGGCCUGGAGGACUGCGCGCUCCCACCGGAGUCCAUCGCCAAGGCUUUCUCCCUUGCAGCGUUGGCCGUCUCCUCCCGCCUCCCCCACCUCCCCCUUUCCGAUGACGAGGACGACGUUGACCCGCUAGCGCCUCGUGGAGGCUGCGUGGAGGACGCGGGACCCACCUACGGGGUCAUUCCCGACGCCCUUGUUGGCGCGAGGGGCGGCAGUGACGGCGGCGCCGACGAGGUCGUCGUCGGGCGCGGAGACAGAGUUGUUGUGAUCGGCCAAGAGCUGGGACGGGAUGAGGGGUGUGCCGAGGGGACCAGAGGCGGAGAGCACCGGAAGGAGGAGGGUGAUGAGAUUGUGGAGAAAGCCAUCUUGGUGAAAGAUUUCGCGUGAGCUUUUCUUCUAGCUUCAUGAGAAGAUAUCUCCCUAGUAUUUGUUGUUUCUUUGACUUGUAAUGUAGAUCUUGAUUCAACGAUCAGAUGACACUAUGUUAGUCUCUUUGGUAUGGUGGAUUGGUGGCAAGCUACUUAGCAUCAACGGUAUUCGACUUAGCGCGUUGCUGAUGAAGUGAUGAUUGCUGCUGUUUUCCUGCUUGAUUUGCGCUCGAAUAGCGACAUGCUCUUGUUCAAAGUUAGUGACAAGCUAGUGGAUUUGGCAAGCUGCAAAUGCAACUGAUAUUUAUUGGCUGUCCUAAGGGUAAGGGCAAAUGAUGCAAAUGUGAUUGUGUCUGACAUAUAAUGUGUCUUAGACACUUAGUAGAGCUUGCGAACAGAUAAAUGCCACAAGAAACCACUGGAUUUGACAUGGCAUCUAAUCAUUUUAGAAGAUUCAGGAACAUGCUUUACCAUUCCAGGGGAAAAGAUUUCUUGCAGAAACCUUCGUCAAUGGAUUCAUUAAGUGGGGAAAUAAUACAAGGCACCACUUAUAAGAAAAAUAAAUAGAACAGAGCAGACGUUUUGUUGAUUAUGAACAUGAUAUGUACCUUUUCAACAGGAACUGAAAUUGGAUUACAGACAAACUAACACCAUUGCAAUAUACAGUGCCACUCUAGCGAACAAAUCUAAUGAAAGCUUUUCUUAUAAAAUAGUUAGAUGUGCUAAGUUCACUAGCAGAUUAGUGUGCUGAUAUCCUGACGUAGCAGCAGAUUAUUGUGCCAAAGUGAAUGGAGGCGUUGAAAAUGAUGUUUGUGUCGAGGCUUGAGAUUAUAUAUGUAUAGCUGAGUAACUAGUAAAAUAGCUUGAAGGAUUUUCAACGUAUAACAUGGCCGAAGUCAUUUCAUCUCAUUGUUCUGCCUAUAUCUUUGCAGCCCUGCACUUAGUGUCUUUUCUGCAACAAGAUGAACUCUAUGAUUUAAUUAAUUUCUGAAAAAAAAACUAGUGAUAAAUGGUUUCAGCUAAGUCAUCUAACAAUCUCUGUAACAGAGUCUUUUUCUGACUGGUGUUUUUGAUUGGCAGUCACGCUUUCCUGGUAGGAUCACUGCAAAAAAGUCAUUAUGAUAACCUGUUUCUCAGAGUCCAACAGAUACAUUUUGAUUGGGUAAGAGAUUCACAAAAAUACUAUUCACAAUUGUUCAUAUCUCUGAAAUAUGAUCAUAUAUCAUGUGUCCCAUCUAGUCCUGUUUAUGAGGUUUAUCAGCUCUGCAUUUUGAGGUACUUGUGUGCUUCGGUGUUCCAACUGUACACAUGUGGCUCAGUGCUUCAGGUACAUCUAGUUAAUUGCUUCAUUUUGUUUGGGGAAGUAUUAAGAAUUCCUACUUUCGGAUGCUUAAUUGAUGUUUGUUGUCUAUGAGAGAAAUGAAGCCAGAUACAUCAGGUUUCAGCAUUUUCAUCUGUUUCGCUUUAAGAUCAUUGUUGCUUUAAUUGAUAAGUUUUACUCGUUUUUUGGCAUGCUAUCCAGGUAAAAAAAAUUGGCAUGCUUUUAAUUUUCUAUGACCUCUUCUCAGCCUCAUUACUGCGUGAUUACACGAGUGCCAUGUCCCCCAUUGCCAGGAGGGACUCUCUUGAGCGCUUCCUGGAGAAAAUGCCGUGAUAUGUUAUCACGAACAAAGGACAGCAGUAGGUAGCAGCUCUUCAUUUUCUUCUGGAGCAUAUUAUUAUUAUUUCCACUUGCGGAUAUUUCAGAUUAGUUUUUCUACAUGCUGUAUAUGUGUACCACAAUAUUCAGAAAUGCAUUAUGCAUGUGGCCAAGUCUUCAGAACGUGGUCUUUUACUGCUGGCCCCUUUCAUAACCAAGUCCAAUUGAUUUAUUUCACCUUCCAACUGUAUUUGGAUAAUUUUCCAUUUUAAACUUUAGUGAUUUAGCAUGGGAGCUUUGGUAUAUGGCACACAUGUUUUCCUGUGAUGCAGUCGUUGACUGUGAGAAAAGUCUGCAUGAUUUCUUUUAAAAUGGGCAUGUGAGACGCCAAGCUCUUUCGAUUGCAUGAGUCGGAAAUAAGUCAGGCAGUAGAUGAGAUAAUAUCAAUUUAGGAAGCAUAAUGAUAUUCAGUGUAAGUAAUGCUGUUUUGCAGAGGUAAAAAAAUAAAAAACCAAGGAUGGAUUAGGCUCUUCAACCAGAAAGAUGAACACAAAAUUUUGUAGAAAAUAGAUACUAGUAUUGAACUUUGCAUAUUUUUAAAUCUUUCUAUUAAUAGUCUUCUGUCUUUUAAGUUUUUUCUUUCAGACGUCAGGCCGCAGCAAUGCACGGCUUCCCUUCCAGUUUUCAUGGAACCUCCAAAAUAUUCACCAUAUUUGGGAAGACUCAGAUGAUCCGGACACAGUGUUGUCGCCGGAAAAUGCUCCAAGUAUGAAGCUAUUCAGGAUCCGCUGUUAUCUAGACUCUACUGUGCAGACUGUCAAGUUUUUUUUUUGUUUUUUUUUUUGAGGAAAAACAGGUGUUAUG